CAUAUAAGAAUUGAAAGCAUAAAAUGAUUCUCUCCGUGCUGAAAAAAUCUCGCAUCGUGCACUUGUGUUUUGCCAUUUCAUUCUUCACAUCAGGCCUGAUCAUAAACAUUGCACAAUUCAUAUUAUACACAUGUCUCAAGCCUUUCAACAAGAGGCUUUACAGAAAACUUGGUUAUUAUUUGUGCUACACAUUUUACAGUCAGAUAGUGUUUUUAGCUGACUGGUGGUCCAAAUCUAAUCUGACCUUACACAUAUCAAAGAAAGAUUAUGAACAAUGUGGGAAGGAACAUGGUCUUUUAAUUAUGAAUCAUACGUACGAAACAGAUUGGUUAUUAGGAUGGAUGUUUACGGAAAAAAUUGGUGUACUUGGUAAUUGUAAGGCAUAUGCAAAAAGAUCUAUUCAAUACAUUCCGUCAUUAGGAUGGUCUUGGAAGUUUGCAGAGUUUGUCUUCUUAGAGAGGUCCUAUGAUAAGGAUAAAGAAUUUAUUGGUAAACAAAUUAGCGAAAUUAUGGAUUAUCCUGAUCCUACGUGGUUAUUGUUAAAUGCAGAAGGCACACGUUUUACUCUAGCAAAGCAUGCUGCAUCUCAGAAAUUUGCUGCUGAACAUGGACUACCAGUUCUUAAGCAUCACUUAACACCGCGCACUAAAGGUUUUAUCGCAAGCUUACCAUCCCUUAAAGCCAAAUGCCCUGCCAUAUAUGAUAUUCAACUUGUAGUCAAACCAGAUGAAAAGGUAUCACCAACUGUAUUAAAUUUCCUACUAGGACGAACGAUAAAUGCAUAUAUGCAUGUUAGGAGGAUACCUAUGUCAUCAGUACCGUCAGAUGAAGACGGUGCAGCAAAAUUUAUGCAUAAUUUAUUUAAGGAAAAGGAUGAUCAAGUAGACUCUUUCCUGAAAACAGGAAGAUUUUUACCAGAAUCAGAAACAACAGGGUAUAUGGAACCUUUCAAACUAAAACCUAGUUUAGCUCCGUUACUGAAUACAAUAUGUUGGGGAAUUAUCACAUUGACACCUAUGUUGUAUUAUUUAGCAAGUCUUUUACUUAGUGGAGAAUUGCUGUAUUUUAGUGCGGGCAUGUGUAUUAUUGGAACAUUUUAUGCACUCAUGCAGAAAACAAUAGGUAUGUCCAAGAUCAGUAAAGCUUCAGAUUAUGGAUCAGAUUCACCAAGCAAGCGUUCACCAAACAAACAGACUUAAUCAUUUUAAUACUCGAUCAUCAUAUUAUUAUGCUCAUUCACUUUUAAAGCGUUUUGUUAAGGUAAGCAAAUAAUAUCCAGUAUUGAAGUUAAAUAAGAACUGAUUAUCGAAAGAUAUUAAGGUUCAGGUUUAAGAAUUUUAUUGAUGUUAAAAAUUAAAUAUCUUUAUGUAGAAGUGUUAAUUUGGCAAAUCAGAAACAUAUUCUAGCUUUUUGAAACCUUUAUGUUGAAGCUUUCAAAUCUAUGAUAUAUGUUGUAAUGAUGAAACAUGAAUAUGUACUUACAAUUUGCUUUAAUCUGAAAAGAUUUUCAUUAUAGAACGUUAUUAUUUGAAAGUGUGAUAAAUGAGUUACAUAAGCUCUAAUAAAAUAAGUAGUGGCAAUGAUUUUGGCAGCAUAUCACACAGUAAGUUAAAAUUAUAAAUUUGCCCUAAAAUUAUAUAAAUUAAAUUUAUAUUCAUUUCAAAUGUAUAAAUCAUAUGAUAAAAUCUUGAUAUGCAAGUGAUUAAACAACUUUGAUUCGAUUCAAUAUUGUCUGUUAAGGUAUUUUUUAUAAUAUUUGUGUAUAAUAUUAUAAAGUAAGACUUAUUAUAAAAAUAUGAGUGUUAAUAGUAAUGAAAUGAUGAUGAUUGAAGGCAAAGACAAAUGAAUGAGAUGGGUCAUUCUAAAAAACAUUGUUUGUAAAAUAUUUCUAUAUGAAAGCGGACUAAUAAUAUUCAUAAAUGUUUUAGAUGAUUAACAAAAAUUUUGACUGACUAUAAAUUUUAUAAGGUGAUAUCAGAAUUUUAUAUUUAUCUGGUAUAAAAAUAAUAUAAAAGUUAAUAAUAUAAUAAUUAUAUAUAUUAUUGAUGUUAUAUCAUGAAAUUUUGAGUUCUUCCAUUUAUCAUGUUGCUGACAUGCUUUUGUGAUUGAUAUGACCUGCAUUAGCAUUUUGUGAUAGGAACUAAUUUAUGUUAAUCAUAGUCACUUUUCAUUGAUAUGCAUUUUUUUUAAAAGUUAUAGCAUUUUAUUAAUUCGUCUUCCAUUUAGUUUGACCUCAACUGUUCUUAUCACAUACAAUAAGUAUUUAUAUAAUAUGUUUGCUAGAAUUAAAUUGUUAUAAAUGUAAAAUUGUAAUCUAAAUGUUGUUAACAAAAUGUUAUUUUUUGGAUUUUGCAAAUUUAUAUUUGUUUAUCAAAUACAUUGAGUUAAAACUUA